ACGGAUAGAGAGGCUGCUCCGGGGUCGCACUUCCGGCCAUCUCCCUGGGAGACGCGCAUUGUGAAGUCCGGAGCCGGCCGUGCCAGUUAGGGUCUCCGGCGACCGGGACCGCAGUGGCGGCCCCGCGGGCGGGAUGUUCCGGGGUUUGAGCAGUUGGUUUGGCUUGGAGCAGCCGGCGGCGGGUGGCCGGCAAUCGGAGGGAGACGCUCCACCCCAGCAGUGCUCUGAAGUGGUGUCCGAGUCUGCGGACGGGGAGCCGCGUCAAGCGGGGAACCAGGAACUCCUUCACCAGGCGAAAGGCCUCGGCAACUAUCUGUUUAGCUUUGCAACUGCUGCUACAAAAAAGAUAACUGAAUCAGUUGCUGAAACAGCACAGACAAUAAAGAAAUCAGUAGAAGAAGGAAAGAUAGAUGACAUCAUUGAUAAGACAAUUAUAGGAGAUUUUCAGAAGGAACAGAAAAAAUUUGUUGAGGAACAGCAUACCAAAAAGUCAGAAGCAGCAGUGCCCCCAUGGGUUGAUAGUAAUGAUGAAGAAACAAUUCAACAACAAAUCCUGGCCUUAUCAGCUGACAAGAGGAAUUUCCUUCGUGACCCUCCAGCUGGAGUGCAGUUUCAUUUUGACUUUGACCAGAUGUAUCCCGUUGCCCUGGUCAUGCUUCAAGAGGACGAGCUGUUGAGCAGGAUGAGAUUCGCCCUUGUUCCUAAACUCGUGAAAGAAGAAGUGUUUUGGAGAAACUACUUUUACCGCGUCUCCCUGAUUAAGCAGUCAGCCCAGCUCACGGCCCUGGCCGCCCAGCAGCAGGCCUCCGGGAAGGAGGAGAAGAGCCGUGGCACCGAGGAAGACCUGCCGCUGACAGAGGCAGUACGGCCCAAAACGCCACCUGUCGUAAUCAAAUCUCAGCUUAAAACUCAAGAGGAUGAAGAGGAGAUUUCUACCAGCCCAGGGGUUGCUGAGUUUGUCAGCGACGCCUUUGAUGCCUGUAACUUAAAUCAGGAGGAUCUGAGGAAGGAAAUGGAGCAACUGGUUCUUAACAAAAAGGAGGAGGAGACAGCCGUUCUAGAAGAAGAUUCUGCAGAUUGGGAAAAAGAGCUACAACAAGAGCUUCAGGAAUAUGAAGUGGUGACAGAGUCAGAGAAACGAGAUGAAAACUGGGAUAAGGAAAUAGAAAAAAUGCUGCAGGAGGAAAAUUAGCUCUUUCCUGAAAUAAAAGAAUAAUGCUUAACAUUCUGUAACUGACAUUAAAUUCUAGAUGACAACACUUGCUGAAUCAGAAGGCACAAAAGAUUGGUAUAAUUUUGAAAUCCAAGAUUGUUCAUUUUUAGGCUGAAAUUUGCCUUUUUUGCUUUUAAAAAAAGUAUAUAGAAUAGUUAUUCUAAUAAUCGAAAAGGAUGUUUUAUGUACUAUUUCUUUAAUAUAAAUCUAUUUAGAGGUAUUCAAGUAGUCACUAUGGAUAUCUUUGCCACAGAAAUGCAAGUAAAAUUUUAGAAUUCUGUUUUCUGUGAGGUCAGAAUUAUAAUUUAUUCUUCAAUUUUUUUUUCUAAACAUUUGUACUUCUUGUUGCACUUUCACUGAUACAUGUAUGUUAAAGUACUUGUGUAAUGAAUUGAUAACUAUCAAAAUGACCAAAUUGUACCAAAGAACCUAAGAAGAAGCACUUUCAAGACUAUUUUCUUGCUAGGUAUUUUCUAAAAUUCCAUCUAGAAGCCAAAAGGUAAGAUAAUUAUGUUGAUUUUAAUGGUGUAAACAUCACACAAUUUGAAACUGAGAAAUACCGUGCAAAGACAUUAAUUUUUCUCUGGGGCCUUUUCUUUCUUUCUUGUGUUGUUGUUUGUUUCUUUCUUUCUUUGUUUUUUUAACUAUACCACAUUUAAUAUUGUUGCUUUCCUAAAUUCCAUAUCACAGUUUUUGUAGAAAAUGGGGCCUUUUGUCCUUUUUAUAUUAAUGACCUUCACAAGCCCAUUCAGCUUACAUUCUCUUGUUUUUGUUUAAAAAGUUUCAGCUUUGUUUGUCUUAAUUAAACUGUUAGUCCUUAUAAAAUUGUGUUACUCUAAGUGCAACUUACAGAACUUCACCGCUCAAUCCUGCUUAUAUUAUCCUACACCAGCAGGCCCAUGCUCAUAGGAUAUGGUCUUUUAAAAGAACAAGGUGGCUUAAUGUCAGAACACUUCUGAGGCGUUUGCUCCGUAAAACGUUCAUAUUUCUCAAGGAAACUUUAUUUCAUAAAAGGGAAUAGAGUUAAGAUGAUUCUUUAUGGGAAAAAAUGUACAUAUGUAUAUUUUUGACCCUAUAAAAAUUAGCCCAUGGUCCUCUAGCAAAGGUAUCAUCAGUGAGAGAACUGGAUGUGUGUCCGGGCUUUACUCGUGUUUGUAGCUUGGUGUACACACUGGUGAGUGAGCCAGACCGGCUCAGCUAGGACCCCUUGGGUUAUAGCAAUAAACUCACGUAUUCUAUGAAAUCGCUGACCCCAUCAUCAAGGGAUUGCCGCUCGUGGUGUAACAGUUGAUGAUUACUGAGUUUGGGUUCAGAGAUAAUGACUGGCAACUUCUUAAAUAAUCCUGUUGAAGGGAAAAGUUUGGGUUUUUUUAAAGUAGAGUUUUCUGGAGGGAAAGAAACAUGUAAAAUGUUUUGAAGUAGCUGAAAGUCCUGGAUGUAAGCAGAUCAGAAUACGACAGUGCUUUGCUCUUGGUAUAUGCACUAAAAUUCACAUUGUUGAAUAAAUACAAAAAGGCAAAUGUUUCAGAGAAAGCUAAGGAAAAAAAAAAACCCUAAAAUGACAAUAGACGUGUUAUGGUUAUUACUAUCGACUUUACAUGAUAUUCUUAUUGCAUUUAAAAACAAGCUAAUUGUGCAUUGCUUUAUAAAAACAAAAGACUAAAAUAAUAUUUAAUACACAGCAUAAAAAUAUAGUUAUGCUCUUUUUAUGAUUCAAAUAGGAGUAAAAUGUUCUGCUCUCUUAAGUGAUACAGGUAACUGAAAUGUAUUCCUUUAAAGGGAAAAAUAAUUUAUAACCACGGUGGGUGGAAAAUUUCUAAGUAUUUAUUACAUGCCCGAAGGGUAGCCAACAAGCUAUGCUGGGCAUAAAAACACAUAAGCUUCACACUAUGUGAAGAUAUAAACACAUUAAAUAAAAACAUGUAAGCUUCACACGAUGACUCCCACACUAUGGGGAUCAUACCUCACCGCUCACAGUGUGUGGCUCAGGAAGUAGCAAUGGCCAGCCCUAGGAGUUUGCUAGAAAUGCUGGGUCUCAGGCCUGGCCACAGACCUGAUGGCCCGGACUCCGCACGUUACUGAGACCCCCAUUAGAAUGGGCUUUACAGUUGGAGGCACGUUGGACUAGUGUCCUAAUGCCCUGAGGGCCGCUGAGGUUGCUGGUGCUUUGUACUUUUUACCUGUCCGCUAUCAUGGUUGGAUGAUGGUGUCUUUCUAGUCGGUGUUACAGAUGCCGCCUCUGCUGUUCCAGCCAGUUCCUGCUGCCGACUCACCUUUCCACGCUGCCAAAUAAAGAGGAGCCAAGCUCCCAGGGAGACGAUGAAUAAUCCUGCUAAGUCAGAUCUCUGAUGUCACAGAUUUCAGAGGGAAAUAACAACGCUACAAAGCCCACAGAUAAGGCUUCACAGUGAGAACUGCUUCACAUGGUCACAAGCUUUCUCUGAGGCUCCUAAGCAGCAUCGGAGGGCUGCUGGCCCCCGAAGGCUAGAAAGGGUGGAUGGAGCCCUGUGUGGCACGUUCAUGCACAUAAAAUCAAGUAAAAAUAGUUGACAAGGUGAUGGAGUAUUGAACCAAACUUUGUCUUUAAGGCCAAUUUUAGCUACAGGGAGUCUUACUCUACAAGAACGAGAACGUCUGUGUACAGUUCCAGCCAUUUACGGCCCGUAGGACAAGGCCACUGCUGCCCCAGCCUUCGCCCGAGCGCGCCCGACUCACGAUGUCCGAAGCUCCUCAUAUGCAGAAGUGGCAACUUCCUAGGCGAAGUGGGAAAUCUCAGUUUGGAACUUUUGAAAAGUUAAACUAGAAAACCUUGUCUUUUAGGAGAUAAGGCCGCAAUGAUACUUGUAACUCGGAGUGUUUCCCGUACAGUAACCAAGAUGGUUUUUCACAAACUAUUAUUACAAAUAGGAUUUUUAGGACAUUUUAAAGGUUUACAAAACAAACAAAAAAAAAGAUCACAUCCAACUUGCGAUAGGUUAUUUCCCUCCUUGACCACUUUGGUAUAAAAACCAGGACUGUGAAUGUGCUUCUGUAAAUACUUUGAUUUGGUUCUUUCUGGUAGUAGUGAGAUUUUUCCAUUUUAAAGUUAAACCUUUUUCACCUGUAAAAAUUAGAUGCAUUUAACUGUCGCAAAAUUUGUUUCAGCUUUUAAAAAUAUAAGUACUAGGAAUUUUGAUAUAGUUUAUAUAAUCCGUUUUAUUGGGAGGAAAACAGGCCUUUUUAAUAAAUGAUUAUUUCCAGACUAUAUUGAUAGGAAAAUAAAAUUACAAGAUGCAUGUUACAAUACCCAAAAAAGAUGGUGCAUAUUAAACCAGUGAGUCAUGGCAGAUGACAAAUACAUAUUCAUGAACCUUUAAUCACAUGCAGUUACAUAUUUCUCAUGAGUCAUCAGUUGUUUAUCUGGUCCUCACACUUAGGGAUUUGUUCAGAUGAAGCCGUUUAUGAUUUCAGUUGUUAAACUACGAUUAGUUUUCAAUAGCAUUUAUUCAGUGCAUUCUGAUCUAUUUCCAAUAUGAAAAAACUAUAUUGAACUUGGUUCUGAAUAAAUAAACCUCAUUUGUAGUGAUAUGUUA